GUACUGUGAUAAAAUCACAAAUGGGAUCCAUAUUUAAAGGUGCAGCAUUCGAAAUUUGCACAGUUUGCAUCCGAAAUUGAUUCAGCAACAUGUCCGCAUUGUUAAUCAUCAAAUUUGUUUUAGUCUUCUGUUGCGUUGCUAACGCCGAUACAGACAGAUCAUCAGUUGUUACAAAAUGCCGUGCCAGUGACAGCGAAUGUAUGAAGGAGUCUGCUCAAGCAAUUUUACCGAAGUUUGCACUUGGAUUGCAGCAAUUCAAUGUAGAAACCUUAGACCCUAUUACGUUUGACAAAAUAGUGGCCGAUAAUCCGAACUUGAAGUUGACAUUAACGAACGUAAAGGCCACAGGGUUAAAGGAUUGCCGUGUGUUACGACUAGAACGUGAUUCGGAGAAUACAAAAAUCAUGACCACACUGAUUUGUGACGUAAAUGGCGUUGGACAUUAUGAGAUGAAGGGCCAGGUUGUAUUUGUACCAUUGGAAGGAAGCGGCAGAAUCGACGUCAACUUAAGGAAAAUCUUAGUCAAUGUCAAUCUGAAUAUGACAGUGGUAGAGAAGAAAGGUACAAGAUACUGGAAGAUCAAAAGCUGGGAUCACAACUUCGAACUCAAGGAUAAGUCGAGCAUACAUUUUGAGAAUUUAUUUAACGGGAACAAGGAAUUAGUGAAUGCAGUUGAACCAGUUAUCAAAAAUAGUGGCAAUGAAAUGUUUCUAGAAGUUGGUCCACCUGUAGUAAAAGCUGUAGUUUCUCGAAUUGUUGGAGAUGUGCAAAAAUUCUUCCAGUCUGUCCCUCUUCAUGAUCUUGUACUGGAAUAAUAGUAUGAAAUAAAUGACGAAAUUUAAUAGCAAA